AUGGCGGGGAUUAAUAAAUCCAUCCGCAAGCCGGAAAGCAAUCGCAGGUUGUUGCUGGCUGUGCUAUUCGGUUUCCUUCACGUUGCCCAUUGUCGGAUUCAACCGGCGGAACAGAUAUUCCCGACGGAUAUCAACAAAGCGUUUAUGCCGACGGUACGCCAGACACUGAAUGAUUGUCACCUGCGCUACCACAAGUAUGGUGAUUACUAUCUCGUGUAUCCGAUCUACGGCGUUCCGGUCAGACAGGGUGAAUUCGCACAUAUGGCCGCGAUCGGUUGGCCGCUGGCCAAUGGCUCGAUUAGCUUCGAUUGCGGUGGAUCCCUAAUCACUCCACGCCACGUCCUUACCGCUGCCCAUUGUGCGGUUAAUGACGACGGCAUACCGCCAACCAUCGUUCGUUUAGGAGUGAUUGACAUUACGGCUAGACUGUACGAUCCAGAAAACCAGUUUGCGCAAGAGUUCGGUAUCGAGAGCUUCAAGCGCCAUCCGGAGCACGAGUUCCGUGCCGAAUACCACGACAUAGCGCUCGUUACGCUCGACCGCGCCGCCACACUAACCAGUGCCGUACUACCCGGCUGCCUCUGGACCGGGUCGCGUAUACCGUUCCGUCGGAUGGAAGCGGCUGGGUUCGGCUUAACCCGAUUCGCCGGUGAACGUACACCGAUCCUCUUGAAGGUAGAGCUCUCGCCGGUCACUAACGCCGCGUGCACUCAAUUCUACCCAGCCGCCCGCCGUCGUCGCCAGGGACUAAUCGAGCAGCAGAUGUGUGCAUCGGAUCCCAGGAUGGACACGUGCUACGGCGAUUCCGGUGGGCCACUCCAGAUCAAGCUGAUGGCCAACAACCGACUGGUGCCGUUCAUCGUGGGCGUUACCUCGUUCGGGCGAUUCUGUGGCACCGGUACGCCGGCCGUCUACACUCGGGUAUCGUCCUACAUUAGCUGGAUACAAACGGAAACGGGCAACUCGUACGACUCCAGAGCCUGUUCUGCACGCCACCUCAACCAGCGCGAGAUCGAGACGGCAAUGAUCGCGAACCGCCUCGGUGACAAGCUGUUCGUCGAGCCGGAGAAAAGCUACAUGGACCUGGAAACGGUGGCGAAGCAUCGCGUCUACCUGGGCUACAGCACCGCUAACGGGCGGAUACAGUGGAACUGCGGCGGGGUGCUGAUCAACGAAAACUACGUGCUCACGGUGGCGCACUGCGAUCGUUUCGUUCUGAACAAAACGCCAGACUACGUCAAGGUAGGCGAUUUGGACAUCUUUCAGGAUCAUCCGCAUGCGCAGGUUAUCAAAAUUGAACGGUUUAUCAAACACCCGAACUACCGAAACGAUGCCGUGGUAGAGAACGACAUUGCACUUGUGAAGUUGCAGACGAACGUUAAUAUUCAACCAAACGCAUUGCCAGCCUGUAUUAUGAACACGGAAUCGGUGGAGCUACCGUUCUAUGAAAUGGCCGGACUGGGUCCUUAUAAUAUGAACAACUUUGUCAUGGAAGAUGCACCGAAUUCCAGCAACAACACCUUGGUCUUGACGCGAAUGCGAGCCGAUAGCAGUUCCUGUGAGCUACAAAGUAGUAACAAGGUCAUGUGCACCAGAAACAAUCAGUCCCUUGUUCCGGGAACGUGUCGGAUCGAACACGGCGGCCCUCUGGAGCGGGAAAUCUGGCAUCACGAUCGUUACUUUUCGUACGUGUUUGGCUUGACCGUUGCCGGCGACGACUGUGGCUUCGGGUCGGAAGCGUACUACGUCAAGAUAGCGUCCCAUAUCGACUGGAUCGAGGGAAUAGUUCUGGGCGAACGUAACCAAAGGGCGCAGAGUAGGUCGCGUCGACAAAUUUGGUUCCCACAGUCGGAAGAAGAUGAUGUCGUGCAGCAGCAAUCGUGUGAGCUACCGGAUGCAAGAAGAGGCGUUUGCAUACCGUACAGCAGUUGUUCCAAGCAGCUAAUGGGGCCAGUGGUUUCAAUCUGCCGGCACAGUACCGAACCGAUCGUUUGCUGCCCAACCCCAAACACACUGACCCGACCGACACGUCUGUCAGGAUCCAUGGCGCAAACAAUGGGACCCAACCGUCCCAAUACCGGAUACACGUUGAACAGCUGCGUGUCAUACUGGAGACAGUAUCGCCGAGUGCCUACGGAAGAGUAUGAGUACAUUCCCUCGGAAGGGCGACCGGCGGGAGCGGACGAGUAUCCGCAUAUCGUUGCCAUCGGCAACGUGCAGAAAAACUUGUGGCCAUGCACGGGCGUGUUGGUGAGUGACCUGUACGUGAUAAGCGCCGCCAGUUGCCUGCUAUCGAUACGUGGCAUGCGUUCGGUACGGUUGGGACAAAACUCCGCCACCGUCUACGGUGUGUCCGAAAUCAUCAACUAUCCAUCGUACAGCGGUAGACAGGGAGAUCCUUACGAUCUCCUUCUGACGCGUUUGGACCGGCGAGUGCAGUUUUCUAGCACCAUCAUCCCCGCCUGCCUGUGGGUAAAAUCCGACAUGGUUCCCUUGAAGCUGUACUCACUAGGAAGCAGCAGCACUCAACAAGGACAAAUCAUCGUCUAUCCACGCAGUGCCAUGUAUAACGCCGAUUGUCGCAGUCUACCGAACGUGCGAGGAACGAUUAGGGACGCGGAAAACGUUUGCGUAGAGAACUACUAUGCGACCGACACGGUUUGCCCGGACGUGCCAGGGAAUCCGGUCGAGGGUGUGAUCGAGCACAAUGGCACACGCAUUCCGUUAGUGGUCGGCUUAACGUCCUACACUGUUGGCUGCCCCGCCACCUCAUCACCGGUACCACAAACGGUAACGGUGCUGUCCCGUCUGGCCGAACAUUUAACAUGGAUUAAGGGGGUUGUCGAACGAUAACUAACAAUGGUUCGAAGCAAAUACAUUUUCUGCUCUUAACAGUUUGUAACAGACAUUGACGUUGCGUAGAAAGGAUCGCUUAAAAAUGAAUAUUUUUAAAAUCCCUCGCUGCAACUAAGACAUGUUUUCUAACACAUGACAUAA